AAGUUUCAGGAUGUUGGGGUUGAUUGCUACGCUUUCGCUUGUGGUGGUCGGAGCUCAGUCCCAAGCCGACUCCUUUUCCGAUAACUUCGCUCGCAAUAAAAUGCUCCCUCUGGCUGCUGCAGCUUAUUCAGACAAACCGGGUGAAUGCGUCGGUCGCCUUGGUGGAAAUGUCGUGAAAUUCUACAGAGCGGACUGCAGCGGCUUUGGUUUUGUAAAAGUCUUCUGUUCGGCAUAUACGGCUCUGCUCAAGAAAGAGAAAGCAAUAGUGCUGAGUUUCAGAGGAACAGACAAUAAUUGGCAGCUUAUCAAGGAGCUUGUACGUCCCUUCUUAACUAAAGAAUGGUUUGGUGGUGCGUCGGUGAACCAAUACUUCCUUCUAGCUUUCAACAACUUGUUUAAGAGCAGUAUGUAUCAAGAUGUUAAAAAACUGAUUCACGAUAAAAAAUACAAAAACUUUGAUAUUUGGAUAACUGGGCACUCGCUGGGAGGUGCAUUGGCAUCUCUGACAGCUUCUUAUUUACUGGAGACUGGAGAUGCAGAAAGGUCAAGAACAAAGUUAAUGACGUUCGGCCAGCCCAGGACAGGCGACCGGAUAUUUGCUGAGAGGCUCAAUGAUAAGAUCGACUACGCAUUCCGCGUCAUCCAUGACAAUGAUUUGGUAACUCAAAUCCCACCCAACCUCCCUAAGCUCCGAUACCACCAUCAUAAAAAGGAGGUUUACUAUGGGCGAAGCAUGGAAAACGGGAUCUUUAAAGUGUGCAAAACCGAUGAAACCUGCACCCGUCAAUUUGAGCCUGCCCCUGAGUUGUUAGACCAGACAGUCCAUAGGAACCUUGUACUUUUAGAUGAGAAACUACGAUUAGCCAAGGAGCUCCCAUCGACACGUCUACGGUGCUCAAAGUAG